AAAUUUCUAUUUAUUACAGAAAAUAAUGAUUCAUUAUUAAUGAAACAGAAAAAAUUCUCCACAAUGUGAAAAUACGAAGUUACGUAUAUAUUAUGACAGCUGUGGUUACGUAUACGUCGACAUUAAUAAUCUGUCAAAACCGUAAACACAUUAUUUUCAUAACGCAAUUUUGCGAUAGUUCCUAUUAGUUGAAAAAAAUUAAAUUUUUGUGUGCAAACUGAAACGCAAAAUGGUUUAGUGCGAUGUAUGCCAGCAGAAUAUUUCGGGAAACAUUUACAAGCACAAAAGAGUUGAGCACAGUUGGGAUCGAGGUGGUAUUAAAUUGAUUAAACAGGAAGAUAAAACUCUGAUCGAAGCUAUACAAAACGAAAAAACAUUCGUUGGACCUUCGCUGUUAUAUUUGAAACGUCUCGCAAAUUAUGCGGUAACACAAAAUUUUCAAGCCACAUUUUUUGGAGUCGACUCACCAAAACCAGAACUUGUCAUUACAACGGGUACAAUUGCAGAGAAUAGGAACUCUCGCAAAAUUGCGUUAUGAAAAUAAUGUGUUUAUGGUUUUGACAGAUUAUUAAUGUCAACGUAUACGUAUACGUAAACACUUUCUCCACAUUGUGGAGAAAAAAACAGAUAUGUGGCAUACCAAGAGAUGGUGUUGUAUGUUAUGAAUCUUUUUUCAUUGUUUGACAUCAGGGGGGGUUGGUUACAACAAUAUGCGACAGUGGAGGGUUUUGUUUACAAGGACCACAUCCGUUUGCGUCACUAGAAUGAUUUUCAUUAUAUUUCGACAGUUCAUUUGCCACAGAAUUUCACAACGGUAUGAGAUUUCAUACUUUUUCUUAUGUCAAAGACGGUGCAUUUCAAUCGCAAUCGACAACACUAUCAUCGGCCAUGAAGUUAUUCCUGUGGAAUGAUCGAAACUGGAAAAUUGUGGAUGAAAACACCGACUAUGAUACAGAGGACUAUGUGAUCGCUCGAAACAUCUUUGUUCGUUGGUUUCCACACCAACUACCCGGCUUGAUCAAUGAACAAAUUCACGAAGUAUUCAAACAAUUCGGUGAAAUAGAAUCAGUUCAACGCUCAAAUGAAGACGAUGUAUUCGAUGGUACGUACAAAGCGAUUGUAACAUUUACGCACAGCGAAUCUGCAUACAAUGUUUUGGUGGCUCAUCACAAUGGAUCGUUUAUUUCGGAGCAUUUGAUUAGUGUAAUGCCAGCCGACACAUGCCAUCAAAUCAAUGUGCAGCCAACGGAAUCGGAGCAAAUGGAUACGUGUGAUGAGAGUGAUGAUGAGCCACAUAUCAAAGAUGUGACCAAUGAUUUUCGUGAAUUGUCAUUGCACCAAAUGGACCAUGGUUGCAACAAUAUCGACAAUAUACUCGAAAUCGAUUUGAGCCUUGGAUUAAACUUAAAACAGAUUCGCUCACGUAUUUUCGAAGCCAAAUCAUAUCAAAAUCAUUUGAUUUUGAGUUUCUACAUUGAAUCCGAUGAUUCAGAUUCAGAUGAAGAUAUCCCAUUGUUUCGGCUUGAUAAAUUGGAGUUUGAGAAGCGUGUUUUGCAAACGGUCGCAAAAAUCGGUGCCAAACGAUUUCGAAAGUUGACAAUAUGUGGUAAAGAUCAAAUUUCCAUUGAGUUUUUGCAAUUGUUGAAACCAUUGUUGAUGCGACUCAAGAUUUUGAACAUCGAAACGUAUUCAAAUAGCCAGAUUCUGCAUGCGUUACCCAAAUUUUGCAUGAACGUGAGCAAAGUACAAUUCUGUGGCUUCAAAUGGCGUGGUAAUAUCAUUCAAACGAUUGAUGUGAAAGCUUGGCCAACACUGACACAAUUGGUUUUGAAGUAUGUUGAAUUGGAUAUUCGAAGUGAAACGGAGAACGGGCAACAAUUCCAACGAUUCAUCGAAUUGAAUCCACAAUUGCAAGUUUUGGACCUUGAACCGAUUGCCGAUGCAGCGCUGUUUAAUUGUAUUUCAAGUAAUUUGAAAAAUCUGCGAUCAUUGACGGUCACACGGCCGGACUGCAGUGAUACAGCAAACAUUGCCGAUUCUCUCAGCCGAUUGAAGUAUUUGUCAACUGUCAUGAUCACGACAUUGGUUGUCAAACAAGGCGAACUACAUUUGAUUUCAAUGUGCACGGAACGGUUUCAUGCUUUUGAGCUGGUUAUACUCAUUCAAAACUAUGAGACAGAUGAGGAAGAAGACUUUGAACGAUUGGCUGAUUUCCCAGCAAUAUAUCACAAUGGAUGUCUUUGCGACUCGGAUAACGAGCGAAGUGUUAGUUUCGGAGAAUAUUUGGACGAAGUGGCGAUUCCAAAGGAACAACCAGCACUAGUUUUGAUCGUCAAUACACCGAAUCCAAACAAAUCAAUUGAUGCAACACACCAUGAUGACACGAUUGACAUGUUUGAAGAUUCAAAGAAAUUUUACCCAAAUGCUAUUGAACUUCAAGUGCUGAAAGAGGAAGAUCACUUUACCUAUGUCCAUGUGAGCAGCGCAUAGAUAUCCGACACAGUCAUUCAUCAAAGUUCAUUACCUGAUUGCGUUACAUUUUAGUUUUGUAUUUUUGUUGCAUAUCUGUAUUGCUAAAUAUU